CCCUCUUUCCUCCGACAAACGGUAACACGACCCGCUUGGAUCGUGGAGCUUAGGCUGUCCCCCACCACAUGUGACUGUCCGAAUCUCCCCCACGGAGCACCCGAAGGAACCGAAACGAAACUUCCCCAAUCCAUACGAACCUUCUCGCUUCGUGUUGUUGCUCAGCUCCGUCACCUGCAUCCCCCGUUCUGCGCGAUGGGAGGACCCAACGAUGCAGCAGGAGACUCCUUCCUCUCCGAAAGAUCGGCCAAGGUCUUUGUCGCGGGCCACCGCGGCCUUGUGGGCUCCGCCAUCGUGCGGAAGCUCCGGGACCUGGGGUUCGCCAAUCUGGUCCUCCGCACCCACGCCGAGCUCGACCUCACGCGCCAGUCGGAUGUCGAGGAGUUCUUCGCUGCCGAGAAGCCGCGGUUCGUGAUCCUUGCUGCUGCUAAGGUCGGCGGCAUCCAUGCCAACAACACGUACCCGGCGGAUUUCAUCGCCAUCAAUCUUCAGAUACAGACCAAUGUCAUCGACUCUGCCCAUCGCCAUGGUGUCAAGAAGCUCCUGUUUUUGGGAUCUUCUUGCAUUUACCCGAAAUUUGCACCUCAGCCGAUUCUGGAAGAUGCUUUGCUAACUGCCCCUCUCGAGCCCACUAAUGAAUGGUAUGCGGUUGCGAAAAUUGCUGGGAUUAAAAUGUGUCAGGCUUAUCGGAUUCAGUACGGUUGGGAUGCGAUAUCAGGAAUGCCCACAAAUUUGUAUGGACCGAAUGACAAUUUUCAUCCUGAGAAUUCUCAUGUCUUGCCAGCAUUAAUGAGACGGUUUCACGAGGCGAAGGUGAGGGGAGCAAAGGAGGUGGUGGUGUGGGGUACGGGGAGUCCAUUGAGGGAGUUUUUGCAUGUGGAUGAUUUAGCAGAUGCGGUUGUUUUUCUGAUGGAGAAGUAUAGUGGGUUGGGGCAUGUAAAUGUCGGGAGCGGGAAGGAGGUGACUAUCAAGGAAUUGGCUGAGUUGGUGAAGGAGGUCGUGGGGUUCGAGGGUCAGCUUGUUUGGGAUUCUUCAAAGCCAGAUGGGACUCCUAGGAAGCUCAUGGAUAGUUCAAAACUGGCAAGUUUAGGUUGGACGCCAAAGAUUUCGCUGAAAGAGGGUCUUUGCGAUACCUAUAAAUGGUACUUGGAGAACGUGAAGCAAUGAUGCAAGUGCUUCACUGGAGAUGUCUAUUGUGGUGCUAUUUAUAUUCUGUUUUCUUGGGUGAUUUCACUGAUUCAUUGCGGUAGAGAUGAACAUGUGUACCGAUGCUAUGGUCUAUUGUGGUGCUAUUUAUAUUCUGUUUUCUUUGGUGAUUUCACUGAUUCAUUGCGGUGGAGAUGAACAUGUGUACCGAUGCUAUGGUCUUUCCGAUAUUACAACUUGAUGAGCGCUUGCCACUAGUUAGCAUUAUUAUUGAGAGAAUAAGAAUAGUACCUUCUUUCCAAAAAUUCAACAAA